CGAGCCCCGCCCCGCGCGCGCUGCCGCGGUGUGUCCCCGCGCGGCUCCCGUCGCUCCGCGGCUCGGGCGCCCCCUGGCGGGCCCGGACCCGGGGCAGCGGCGGCGCCACCCGGCUGAGCCCCGAGCAGCGCCCCCCCCCCAUCCCCCAUCACCGGCCGCUCCCGGGCCCCGGUACCGCGGGCUGGGCUGAGGCCGGGCGCGGGGGGCGCAGGGUCCUCACCGGUGCGGAGCGCCGCCUCCGCCGCGUUUCGGGGUCGGGUGAGGGGCUUUCCGCAGCCCCGGUUCCGCUCCCGGCGCGGCCCGUCCAUCCGCCGGGAUGAUCAACGCCAUCCUGGUGUUCAACAACCACGGCAAGCCGCGGCUCGUCCGCUUCUACCAGCACCUGGCGGAGGAGGUGCAGCAGCAGAUCAUCCGCGAGACCUUCCACCUGGUGCUCAAGCGGGACGAUCACAUCUGCAACUUCCUGGAGUGCGGCAGCCUGUUCGGCGGCUCGGACUACAAGCUGAUCUACCGGCACUACGCCACGCUCUACUUCGUGUUCUGCGUGGACUCCUCGGAGAGCGAGCUCGGCAUCCUGGACCUCAUCCAGGUCUUUGUGGAGACGCUGGACAAGUGCUUUGAGAACGUCUGUGAGCUGGACCUCAUCUUCCACAUGGACAAGGUUCACCACAUCCUGCAGGAGAUGGUGAUUGGUGGCAUGGUGCUGGAGACCAACAUGAACGAGAUCGUGGCGCAGGUGGAGGCCCAGAGCAAGCUGGAGAAGGCAGAGGGAGGGCUCUCGGCCGCUCCUUCCCGCGCGGUCUCGGCUGUGAAGAACAUCAACCUCCCGGAGAUCCCGCGUAACAUCAACAUUGGAGACAUCAACAUCAAAGUGCCCAACCUGUCGCAGUUCAUGUGAGCUGCCCCGAGUGUGUGCCGCGGGGGGAGCGGGGCUCUGCGGGGCUCCCCCUGCCCCCCCAGGCCCAGCGCGCUGUGGGGCUGGCAGCGGCAGGGAGCGGCGAUGGGCUCAGCGAGGAUCCGGUGCCGCUGUCACUGGUACCUGGGCUUGGUUCUGCUCCCUGAUGUCCCAUCACAAAGGGCGUCCUUCCUUCCCCUCCCUCCCUGGGAAUGUGCAGCCUGUCUCCCUGCUGUGGGGGGAAGAGCCAGCUCCUGCCUCUCCCAGCACCUCCUGGGAUUCCCGGCUGUAAAAAUGCACUUGUAGCUGAUGGCUCCUGGGUUGUUGCCCUCUAUCCCAGCGCCUGCCCUGGUCCUUGUACUGGGCAGAACCAGCCUGGCUGGGGUUGUUCCUUGGGGCUCCAUGAACUCUGGAGCUGGAGCCAGCUUGGGGGGUACCUGUGGGGCCCAAAGCUUGUAGGGUCAGGCCAGGCCAGGCUGGGGUCUCCCUGGAGCACGUCCCUGUCUCCUAAUAAACACCACGUGAACCUGU